UAUAUAUUAAUGUUUUUAUGUCAAAUUAAAAUAAAAACAAUUUUAUAUUAAACUAAGAUUACUCGAUACUUUUUGUAGAGUAAAUAUUUAUUAUCUUUAACAAGAAUAGUGUUGAUAGUGACGUCGAAGUUUCGGCCUGCUUAACUUCACCGGCAUAUUAUGACCUGUCUAUUAAUGAUGGGCGAUAAAGUUUCGGUGGACUUGUCCAUAAUUUGACAUGCAUUUCCUGAUUAAUUCGUUUCUCGUGUAUUACGAGUCUUUGGAACUGCAGGGCCAACUGAAGCUGUACGUGGGGUAGAGUCACUCCACCUGUUAGAAAUAGCAGUCAAAAUUACCCUUAAAUUAUACUCUAUCGUGUUCGAAUAAAAUACCUCAUUGCAUAAUGGUUGUAGUUCAAAAUGCAGUUUGUCCGAAUAAAAGACCAGGCAACCAUAGCUAGAAUAUCAUUUAUCAAGGGGUCAUUUCCAUUCGGGGUUAAUAACAACAACAUGUGUUGAGCUGAAUGACUGCUAAAUAACCUUAUUGAAAUGGAUUUGAGAAUUACCUGACCCACCUCAGCCAACUUCGGGUUUUGUUUUUUGUUGUUUGUUUUUAUCUUCUGAAGUUCGGUGUAACCUCUUCUGGGUUGGGCCUUGUCCCCUCUAAGCCGUGAGAUCCAGUCUUGUAAACCUAUGAAACACUCAUUUGUUACACAUUAAACAUUAAACCAUACCUCUCCCCCGUCGUAUACGUUUCUAUAGAGCUUUUGUUGUCAACAGCACCUAAAGGUUCACCCAUGGUAAGGCGACGAACUGGUAGAAUCGUAAGCUAAGUGGGACAAAAAGCUUAGCGAGAUUUCUUCCAGCGCUUUACGUUCUGAGUUCAAAUUACGCGAAGGUCGACUUUGCCUUUCAAUCUUUUAAGAUUGAUAAAAUAAAAACCAACGAAGUACUGAGGUCAAUGUAAUCGAUUUGCCCUCCCCUGAAGAUUGCUGGCAUUGUGUCAAGAAUAGAAAGAGUUAAAAACAAUUUUGACCAUGGUGCAUCUUCAUCACAUAUCGUCUGUUUCCCAUGCUGGCAUGGGAAAGACGUAGUGGAACCGGUAGCCAGAAAGCCGCACCAGGCUCCGGUCAGUUUUGACUUGGUUUCUAUGACUGGAUACCCUUCUCAAUGCCAACCACUCCACAGAGUAUGCUGGGUGCCUUUCAUGUUCCACUGGCUCGGGUGCCUUUUACAUGUUGUCUUACCAUUUUCAAUUAUGAAUCUCACGUUUCUCUCUUUGAUCAAAGGAAACAUACCUGAAGCUUCAGUUUUUUGUUUAGGAUUUCUGGUACCUAAACACCUUCAGGAAGUGGGACAAAUUUGUAAGGCCAGGGGGUCACUGCUGCCCAAGGAUGUUAGGACUAGGAAAACGAAAUACCAGGAAUUCAUCCUUGAGACUCUUCACAUGUCAGUUAAUAAACUGACUUGGUUACACACACACAUGCACACACACAAGCAGAUAGACAGGUAGACAUGUUUAUUUUUAACAUUGGCACAAGAGCACCUGUUUUGAAAGAGAAAGAGAGGGUUUAGCCAAUUAACCCCUCCCCUCCACCACCUGGAAGAUUAAAAGGGCAAUGUGGUCUUUAGCAGGAUUUGAACUCUGAAUGUAAAGUGACAUAACUAAAUACUACAAAACAUUUUUUUUUUUGUCCACCACUCCACCAGUCUGAAAUAAAUUUUGAGGAAAUUAAAUGAAGAUCUUUAAAUGGCAUCUGAAAAUUUAAGUCAAGAUUCUCUGCCAGUCUCACCAACUGAAGCACCACCGAUCUAUAUGAAGCAGUUUGAUGAUAUUAUUGUAAACUUUAUGAAAGAACAAGGAAUCCCAGGGGCUGCUGUGGCCCUAAGUUAUAAGGGAGAGCAGAUUUACAGACAAGGUUAUGGAAUGGCAAGCCUCGACCGAAAGGUCCACCCAGAUUCUGUGUUCCGUAUAGCAAGUAUUAGUAAAACUUUAACAGCCAUUGGCAUUCUGGUUCUUUGGCAGCAAAAGAAGCUGGAAUUGUCUGCCAAAGUCUUUGGACCAAAAGGUAUUUUGAACAAUUAUAAAUCCACUUCUAAAGGAGAUCAUCGUCUCAACCAGAUUACAGUGAAACAUCUUUUGCAGCACAGCGCCGGAUGGGAUCGAGACCAAGUGGGCGACGCUGUCUUCUGGAACUUAGAUAAUAUCUUCAAGAACAAGGAAAUGUCUUCAGAAGAUAAACUUUUACGUUUUAUGAUGAGCAAAAAAUUACAAUUUACUCCAGGUAAACGGCACAGUUAUUCCAACCUGGGUUAUUUGAUUCUUGGUAAAGUUAUUGAGAAAGUGGAACAGAAGCCAUACACAGAAUUCCUCAAAGAAAUUCUGCAGAAUGUCAAUAUAACCAACAUGACAACUGGACAUAAUAACACUUGUGGUGUUAUUAGCAAUGAUGAGGUGAAUUAUUUCCACAAAUCUUGGCUGGAACUGAGAAAACCCCAAACUUUCCAAGGAUGGACACUUCCAAAUUCGAGUCUGGUACAAAUGGAUGGAGCGGAAUCGUAUGGAGGCUGGGUGGCCAAUGCCAGUGAUGUACUCCAGUUAUUCAAUUGUUUGUUUGAGAAUCAGUCCAAACUGCUAGAAGGGGAAACCGUUCAAAUGAUGCUCAACCGUCCUGAAUAUGAGAAUGGUGAUGAAUGGUAUGGAUUUGGCUUAGAGGUGGAAGAUAAUGGCUGUUCGUGGGGCCAUACUGGAGCAAUGGAGGGAACAUCAUGUACUGUGAUGCAUGAUAAGUCUGGACUUACUUGGGUCUUGUUGUUUAAUGCCUGGUCUAAAGACAUGGACCUCAAUGGGUUGAUGAGGUACGGUCUCAGUGUGAUUCCUAGCUUACCAUUAUGGCACGAAGGGAAGCCUCUCAGUGAUUCUUCAUUAAAUAUAUCGACCGAAGAUGGUAAACAAGUCGUUACCAUUAUAAUUCCUCAUGAUCUCCUGCAGGCACAUGUUGAUAUGAUGAUGUCUUUGAGUUAUAGCCUUCACUGGUUAAGCAGCCAUCAACUCGGCAGCAAAACCUAUUUUAACACAGUAUGGCAUAGGAGUAGUAGUAGUCAUAGUAAUGCUAACCAGUCGCUUGUGUGUCUUGAUGUUUCGGUUGAUAAUGUGGAUAUUGUUGUAAGUAAACAAUGUGACCUCGGUUUCUCUGUGAAACUAUUAGAGACCUAUUGUCAUGAGGGCCACUUGAAUUUUCUGAUUGUGUUUGAAAAUGUAAAUGUUGUUUGUCAGAAGGUUUAUACUCACCAAAGUCCAGAAGAACAUCUUGCUAGAAUCAGUGAACUGAAGAAGAAUGGAUGGCAUUUAACCAUUCAGUCUUUGGUAUCAAUUGAUGAUUGCCUUGUGGUCUCUUCCGUUUAUGCCAAAACAGAAGAGCCUGGCAUUAAAACGGUGUCUUGGUUAGGCAUCACUCUUGACAACUUCGUCUUUGAGCUGAAGAAACAGAUCAACAACAAACUGACAUUGAUUUAUGUUAAAUUCUUCAACAAUGGAGACAAUUCCUUUGUUAGUGCCAUCUGGAAUUCCAAGCAGGAAAAGAAUUAUUGGCAAAGACAUUCCGUAUCUCGUUAUGGUUUCCUUUAUGAAGUAAGGAAGGCUUCUGCAAAAAAUCUCCAUGUUGAUUAUGUUUCGUCCUAUGUAGAAGACGGAGUUGUGUAUUUUGCAGCUUUCUGGCCUUCUUUGGGAUGAAGAAUUUACUGGGUUCCUUCUGGUUUAUUGUUGUUGUGGUGGUACUGUCUGUCUCUUGAAGUCUUCAAGGUGAUACACUGCCAGAAUUGUUACCUGGACAAAAUGCCCACCUGUAAUUCUUCUGGUUGAGUUUGAAUGCCACUAAAGGUCAACUUUACUCUUUAGCCUUUCAGGGUCAACAAUGUACCAAUGAACUACUGAGGUUGAGGGUAUUGACUACCCUCUCCCCAAUUGCUGCCUGGGGCUAAAAUCUAAGACCCUAUUACUGCAGACUUCAAUGAGAAUUUCAUUUCCUGGUGAUUCUUACAGUUUUUAGGAUCUGUGAGGCAAAAUACAUUAACAUGGUGUUAUGUUAUCUACCCUUUACCCAGGGGAAGAAUUGAACCUGGUACUGCACUUUAUUAAUCAUUUUGAUACCAAUCUGUCUAAGUCCACCAUUUGUUUUGGUAGGAAACCUUUCAUUUCAAAGUGUUCAUACAUAAAUGAAAAUCUUCCAUCAUAAUUUAUGUCAUCAUGGUUUAUUAUCAUAAUUUAUGUUAUUAUAAUUUGUCAUUAUAAUUUAUGCUAUAUUUAUCUCAUG